UAUUUUAAUAUUUUUAUGCAAAAAUACGCAGACAUUUUCGUCCUUAAAAUAUUCUCUGGGAUUUCUCAAAAUAUCGUUCGAUACAGCAGGAUGUGAUAGUUAAGCGUCGUUUAAACGAUAAUGAGAAAGAAUGACGGGUCUUUUCAGAAAUUACACGGCUAUUAAAGUCGUUGAGCUCUUCGAGUUUUGUAGUUUUAGACAAAGAGCAGUCGUGCAAUCGGUUGCGUUAUUCAUCGUGUAAUCCGGUGACACCGUUCGCCAAUAUCGAGUUGUUAUUCCGGCAUCUGAAUUUCCACAUCAGACAAAUAAUUUUUGCUAUAAAUCGCGAUUGACAUACCAUGAAUUAUUUCGUAACAUUUGUGCUCAGUCUUUCAUUACUAUUGAAUGCAACGAUGACGAAUCAAUACACUUUGGGCUAUGUUGACAGAAAUCGUUUGGAAACCUAUGAAGAAGUGUCAAGUGAACAAAGCGAUAUCGAUAUUUUCGCCAAUCUAACUUUUCGCUUUACCUGCGAGAAUAUGCCGCCCGGUUUUUACGCCGAUGUGGAUUACAACUGCAGGGUAUUUCACGUAUGCGAGGAGUCCGGCAACGAAUUCCCGGUGAUCUGCGCCAACGAUACGGUGUUCGAUCAGAAACAACGGAUAUGCACAGACGAGGAAAACGUCGACUGUCAGCAUGCUCACGAAUGGUACUACUUGAACGAAUUAACGUAUUCCGCAGAGAUUGAAUCCAGAACAAUUACAGAGGAAAUCGUGGAAGAAGACGAAUCGAAAGUGAUUCAAGAGGAUGUAGUGCCUUCCGUUUUACCACUCAUGAUUAACUAGAAAUAUAUUUUUAUUCUUCGUUACAUUAAUAUAUCCGUGUAUUACUUUAGAAUGCACAUCCGCGUUUUACAUUUACAUCGUUAUAAUAAUAAUGUGCGCAAAUCACACUUAACGUGUAAAACAGGUUUUGAUAGCAUUUCUUUUUUUCUCUACAAUUUGAUGAAGUUACGGAUUUAUAAUUAAUUACACUUCACGCAAAGUUCAGAAAUUCCAGAAAGUCCAGAAAGAAAUUGCUUUAUUUUUAAUGCCGAUAGAAUAAAAAUUAACGAAUUGCUAAUUACUUGUCGUAAGAAAGGUCAGAAAAUAAUUUAAUUUGUAAGAUUAUAAAAUCAUGUUAUUUUGUUUUUACAGUAGUUCAACGUUCUAGCGAUCGCGUGUAGCAUGAUCUUGACUCCGGUCUCUCUUAUGCUCUUAUUGCAUCCCGGUAUAUACCUUUUGCCGCAUGCAACACGUAAAACUGGCGAAAUAAAUAAAAGAAAGAAGAAAUGCAUGAAGAGAAAGAGAAGACCUUCAACGUGAUAGUCCAGAAUAAUCUCAGGUCUAUUCCCGACUGUGGGCUUCUCAAGGUUCUUGAAAGUUGUAGCGCCGGUAUUUUCGAUAUCAGUAUUGCAAUAUAGAAUUGCGUACAGACUUUUAUUAUCCAUCAUUUAAUCAAAUAUAUAAAUUUUUCAUAAGUUUCCUAUUAAAUUAAAUAUCUU